AGUGUCUGUGAGCCGCCAUCACACUAAAAGAAAGAGAUUCCCAGAGACUUGCGAUCCGUAAAACUCGCGGAGAGUCGCGUCGCUGCGUUUGUCCACGCGUCCAUACGUUUCCAGCGAUUAUGUAAAUGAGGCCAGCGACUGUAGGCUAGUAUAUUGUUCACUCGCGAUGACUGGCAGAUCGUGGACCCCCGAGGCGGAGGAGACUCUGAUCGAGCUCUGGCAGGAGUCCGCAUGUCUGUACGACAUCUCCUCCGCAGACUACCACAACCGAGAGGAGAAGGACAAGCGCUGGAGGGAGGUCGCCGACGCGCUGCAGAUGCCCAUGGAGGCGGUGGCGACCAGGGUGGCGUCUCUGAGGACUCAGUACGCCAGACUGAGGAAACCUAAAGCCAGCGGGGGCGAGAAGAAGCCCCUCACGAUGAGGCAGCGCUGGCUCCUGAGGGCCCUUGAGUUCCUGAAGCCGCACAUCGUUCAUCGGCGACACGAGACCACUCUGGGUUUGCCGUCCUCAGAUAAAGCAGAGGAGACUCUGGACGAGUCGGAUGAAAUGUCGCAGGAGACGGAUAAAGAGGUGGACAGCUUCGACUCCAUCAGCGUGUGUCUCUCCCCGAUGCCCGGCACUCCAGACACCGGCAUCCCCGAGGAAACCGCCUCGUACUCGCUGUCCCCCCGGAGCACAUCCGGCAAGCGCGCACGCUCCUCCGAAUCCGACAUCGAGCUGCAGAAGCUGGAGGUGUUGAAGCAGAUGUCCGCUAAAGUCCUGGAGCACCCGUCUCCGGACGCCGCCGCCGUCUUCUCCAGCCAGGUGGCCAUGGAGUACCGUCUGCUGAGAGACCCCAGCGUCCAGAUGCGCGUGCGCCGCCAGAUCAUGGCUCUCCUCUACGAAGCGCAGGAUUCAGAGAGACUUUCCCGACACUCCAAGAGACACGAACAGAAACAGCUCAAAACAGAGGAUCAACACUAAUAUACAAGUUGGAAUGUGGUUUUGUUGCAGACGGUGUUCAUCUUGUUAAUACUCGGAUUGUUUUCUAUGUUGUACUGAACUAUUUUUCUUAGUGGAAGCUUUGAUAUAAUCUACAUGUAAGAUAAUAAAACAGUUCCAGCUUCA